AUGAGUGUGGCCCCCCGUGCAGCGCCUUCCAUAUCGGAUCGGUCGAAGAUUCAGUCUCGACGUGGGAGCCACCGUGAAGAGGAAGAAUUAGCUGUCGGGGCUGUGGUCGUACUACUGAGCGACAAAUCGGACGCUCAGAGUGCUGCUGCCUAUCGUUUACCCACUGGAGACAGCAGCCACGACGAUGCAAAGGUGAUUUCCUGUGCGACAACCCAGAAAGAUCCGAGUUUUGUAGCUGUACUGGCCCCGAAUUGUGAUGCUGCGAUGGCUUCGCUGCUAGCUCAACCGCCUGGAACUUUUCUGUUGGUUAAAGAAGAAGACUCAGCGAUCGCAGUGUACGUGAAAUUUCGACAAGCAGUGAGAGCGCUGACACUGGUGAAAGGCAAAGAUGUUAAGAAAAAUGAUGAUGCGAUUCAACUGGCAAAGUUACGCAAGAAAGAACAGGACGUGACACCAGUACAUAACUUACGCCUAGCGUCAGAUUCGUAUUUCAUGGUGGAACAUUGUUGGAAGCGUUUUCUUCCUCAAGUCCAAGCGAUCGUGUUCGAAUUGUGCUGUGAGCCACACGUGGAUGAGGAAAUUAAGCUAGAGGACUGGACACCUUCGAUGAUACCCCCGACAGGUUAUUCAGUUGGCCUUAUGCCUGAAGCUUGUGGGUUUUAUAUUCUCACCGUACCUGGGAAUAUUACAGAUUCUACUUCAAUUAUUCAAGUUCGACAGGUGGAGUUCGACUUUAAUAAAUUCGCAAUUACAGUGGCAGAUGGAACGCAUAAACCGUCGGCUCUUGUCCUAGCAACGUCAUUCUCCACUAAACGCGCGUUUGAACCCGAUUUUACGUUUAGUGCUAUCCGUGAUAAUUUCUUAACGCCGGAUCUAGUGAUCCUCAAGGAGACAACAAUGAAUACGAUCCCUUCUCAGCAAUCUUCACUCCAGAAUUGUAUUGAUUUGAGCUCAACCGACAAGGAACUGGCUGUACUCAAUGCGGUUGACGCUGCUUGUGGAUCAAUCAUGCCACAUGAACCGCUUCCUGACUCGCUACUGGCCGUGUUGCAUGAAAUGCAUCUCUGCUUCGUGAAUACUACGACUCGUGAUGAAACUACUCCAUUCUCUAAGCCAACACAAUGGUCAGCACUAAAGAAAAAAAUCGUUGGACGAAUUAUCCCGAUUUUGCUAGAACUAUUGAUCAUCUCUGCGACUUUUUCGAAGACGGAACAGAUCGAGUUUUACAAAAGUCGACAGACUUUAGCGCAAUUUGCCCGCGCUAUGCGGUUUGCCAUCCUCUUCAUGACUGUACGGAGCGAUGACUCGGUGGUUUGUCGGUUGGUGCACCACCUUUGUCAAAUAUUUGGGUCUCGUAUUCGAAUUCCUGCUGAGUUGAUCGACUUUAUUCGAGAUCUUGUGGUAUUAUUUCCAGCUUUCUUGCGGUUAUUUUUGCGAAAUCAAGGCAUUUCGCUUCUCUGGAAGACUCUUCGACACAGUGAUGUUCAUAAAGACGCAGCUUUUGGGUCAGAUCCACGAGGAAAAUCAAAUUCUCGUUCCUUUCGGACGUUUACAUCGACUAGUGCUGCCAACACGCUGGAAGGUAACGGAGGCCGCAAAAUGAGUUUGUUUAAACUGGCACGGAAGCCGCAGGGGAUAAAAUCUAGGAAAUCAUUAUCAUUUGGAACAAACUUGACCUCGACGCCAGCUUUAAAAUCGAAAAAUCUGGCUUUUUUUCGACUCAGUCCUGCAUCCGUACAAACGUAUCUUGGAGGGUAUCUACAAGAAGGAUUCUUUACAUCUCCAGAUGUGUGGAAACAAGACCCAGUAUUGGCCAAAAUCGCCUUUUGUUCGUGUCUAGAGCGAAGAGAAGCAACAACAAUUUGCGCUCGAAAGCGUUUGGGAUCGUCUCCUAAAGUGAAUUUGUACGAGCUCGUGUUACAGAUUUCUUUACGAUUUUUGUAUCACAAAAACUAUUUUGCGAACUGGGAUCGCGACGUUGCUCUCUUGCUUCGCCUUGAAGAAAUUCAUCGGCAUCUUUUCGAUGAAAUUAUCAGUAUCGUACGUCGGCGGGGUGAAGUUCUAGACAUUAACACUCGAGACGCAUUAGCUUGUGAGCUACGGGUUGUUAUCACUUGUGUAUCGACACUUUUUCGUCUGGAGCGGAAACGCAGAGAGGAAAUCAGCUCAGCUGUCGGGGAUAAAAAGUAUCUGGGUUUUAUUUAUUUAUUCCGAACCAAGAUUCGUGAACUCAACGAGAGUCUUCAGCUGAAUACCACUUGUGAGGAUCAAAUGGGAGAAUCAGAAGGAGAAAAUACUGCACAAGUUCAGGAAGUUGAUGACAGUUUUCUGAAUGCAUUGGCUGAGGUUUUAACGUGGAUUCCGAAGGCAUUUUUAGACGAAUGGAUGGUGCUUUGCCUUAAAGAAUUACUACAAGCAGUGAAUAAUCUGAGUAACGUCAUCAAACAAACAGAUAGAUCCCAACUCAAACAACCACGAUAUGUUCGCUAUGGGUACGAGGUCUGUAAGGUGUUUGCUGUGGUGUUACGACGCACCAGUGAUCCAGAUAUUCAAGUUAUGCUUGUACGCGUUCUUGGUACAGAUCCAGCAAUCAUCUCGCUUCUUCGCUUUCUUUUAUCUCCACAUGCACUGAGUAUCAACAAUGGACGAGAGGCUGUUUGUAUGCAGAUAAAUGUGCUUAAUUUCUUGAUCGCGUUCGUAAAUCUUGACAUCGUUUUGCCUGUGCAAACGGAUUGGGAAUCAAAGAAUAGUCAAUCAAGUGACGAAGACAGUAUGAAUGAAGACGCUGAAGUUAUCGAGCAACUUAAAGGAGAGCUGUUGAUAAGACUAAUUGGUCCUCGCAUGACGCUUGAGGAAGAGCAGAAAGAAACACUUUGGGAAUUUAUGCUCGAGCUCAUGUUCCCAGCCAGUGGAGCGAACACUGUUGUAACAUUUAACGGUAGUUCACGCAUGAUUGGCAUGGCGGUAUCAUUUCGCUCGUUAUCUGUACCGCCCAGUUUACUCACGAAUAUCUCGCGAGAGUAUUUCAAGUUGGAAGAAGCUUUCUUACGCUUAAUGCAAGCUCUCUACACCGCUCAAGAUGCGAGCUCUCCUAUCGACUAUGACGUAUGUGUUGCCAGUCAUUGGUGUCGAAUUGAACAGUAUUGCGACCGUAUUAUUGAGAAUGAAGGACAAGAAGAACUCGAAAUGGUGUAUCGAAUAGUGGAGCUAAAUCUUCGAUGCCUAAUUGUUCUAGCAAGUCGGAGAUCGCAAUUUCCUGCUAUUCAAGACGCAUUCAACCAUAAUCGAGUGCUUUCCUGUGUUCUACAACGUCUUCAGCCAAAACUUUCGUCUUUAGAAGUGAAUUUUCGAUCUCAGUGUGAAAAUGGCGAAUCUCUCGGCAUCCAUACAAACUCCUCCAUUCCGAGCUUACCGCCACUCAAGCUCCUCCGGCAACCAAGCACUGAUACCUCCGAUACACCAGUUAAUCACGUUGGCAUCGCGAAAUUGUCGCUAUUAAGUCCGAAAUCUCGACACGAACAAGUAAGUCUUGAUGAGAAUGUCAUGUUGCGCGAGCCAGGGCUACACGUUCUAGCAAUUGUUCUAGUGGUGACAUAUAUUAUUGUCGAUCCGAAUCUAGAGAUCGAUGAAGCGAUAUGUCCGCGUAUAUCUGUCCCUGAUCAACCAGAAACAGACGUAAACGGACCAAAUGAGUUACUAUGGAAGCUGCAACAACAUUUAGCAGUCGUGGAUAUGGACCAGAGGUAUUUUGAAGUACUUAUGGUGGAGAUGAAGACACUGCAAGCUUUUGUGUCGACUGCGCGGUUGUCAGCGAUCCGUUCACUAUUGAGAUUAUUGUGUCCGAAUCGCUCUAGCAAUAAUUUAUACACGUCACAAGAUGACGAUUCACGAGAAUAUAUUGCGAAAGGAGCGUUUUCGACGGUUUAUCGACAACAUUCAGCAUUUUCUAAGUCUGGAUAUGUCGCUGUAAAAGUUGUUGAGCAUCAAAGAAGAGCUGGUGAACUAUGCGCUGUAAGUGGUUUGUACAAUGAAAUAUCGAUUCUCUCCAAGCUGCGAGGCAAUCUGUCAGCUACACAACUUGUAGAUUUUGGAAAUUAUCACCAAGAGCAGAAUUUUGAGAUUGUUAUGGAAUAUUGUCCAUGUUCCCUUACGGAGUGGAGGAAUACUAUAAAGAGGGAAGACUCUGAAGUUCCUUUCCGAUCCUGUGUGGUAAUGAUCCUACGGGCGUUUGAAGAAGCCUGUCAUUGCUUAACUCGCGUUCAUGAAGGGGGCAUUUGCCACUUUGACAUCAAGAGCGAUAAUAUUCUGGUUCGAUCGAGUGCACUUGAGCUGAGUUACAAAUUGUUACAGAAUUAUGAAAUCGACAAGCCUAGCAACAAUUUCAAAGGCUGGUUGUGUUUCGCUGACUUUGGAGAGGCCAAAGUCGUGGAUACCGAUCGGAUACCAGUGCGAACGUCCACAUUUUCAUCUUUUUCAUCGGGUACUACGUCUCCAGUCAAUCAUAAACGAGCGGAGAAGUUCAUGUCAUUGACGCGAACACGAGGAACAGAAGCUAUCAAGAGCCCUGAGGUCUUAAAAAUUAAAGGUAGCGAAGUGGCAGUUAAAGUCACUCUGGCCAGUGAUAUCUGGUCGCUAGGCUGUUUAUUGUAUGAGCUGGUGACGCAAGAACUUCUCUUCCAGAACGAUGACUGGGCAGGUUUGUAUGCGCAUCUUGUUGUGACUCAAGAUCAGUCAGUUUUACGCUCGGAUCAUAAGCAAAAAGUCUUUACAGCUUUGAACCCCACGACAAGCGAGGAAGAAGCAGUGGUAACGAAGUUAUUGGAACUCUGUAGCAAUAUGUUGAUCCGAGAACCUACUCGACGUCCGAAGCUGGAAACAGUUACCGCUCAAGUUCGAAAAUUGAUCACCGACGUGAACGCAUUACCCGUGACACCCACCGAUGAGUCUUUUAUGAGUCUGUGCCAAGGGAGCAGCAAGAAUUCGCCAAUCGACGUUGAUUCUGAUCUUCGGUCUGCUAUUGCCACUCUUUCAAGUCGAAAGCGUGUAGAAACUCAUGGUGUGAUUGUUCCAGUUCGUUUGUUUUGGAAUUUCUUCCUAGCUGCUAAAGUUAUAAAGACUCAAGACACUCAAAAGGUGAAAAGUUGUAUCGGGUGUGGCUCCGGUCCGGCCAGCAAGGAUAUUUUGGCUUUAGAUGCCUUUGAGUCCAAGUUCGAGGACAAUUUCGUGCAUUUUGUCUAUUUGAGUUGGCACGAAUCAGGCGAUUCAAAUGUUCACAAAAUGUCACAAUUUUUCGCGGAAAUUCACGAAGAGAAACAUCGCACUUGUUUGUUUCUCAACGCUGAUGUCACAUUGGAUUUGCACGUGCUCCAGCAGCACGCGGCGCAGUACUUUCCGGUGAUCCAGCGGUGUCUUCAAGACGAAGCUGGUUGUGUGGUUUUUGUGGCGUUGGGGAGGGAUGACGAGGACACCAAGACGCUCCAGGGAAUUCUGACCAACAUUCUGUUUUUCUUCUUGCGCAGUGCAGUAAACAUACCUACAUUCGACAUUCUCCGCUAUUUCGCUCGAGACUGUGCGCAGUUUUUCGAGUAUCCCACGCCAGAAUUCCUCAAACAACUCAUGGUGUACUCAAAUACUCGCGUCGAGGACACUGAGAAAUGCACCAUGAUGCAGUGUCGCUGUGAUGCCGCUCUAUUCUGUAUAGAGACUUCAGUAUUAGCGGAAGCUCUCCCUACCUGCUGUUAUUUAUUUGAGGAAGAAGAAGAUGUAUAUCCUGUGGACUCCUUGUUCGUCUACGAGAACGCAGAGGAGAAGCUCGUACUGCCACUAGAGACUCGAGGACAUGCAGUGCAAUGGGUGGUACUUGACACGGUCUCGGUGACUCGAGGACAAACUCCGCCUUCCAUCACGAGUGAGCGGCGCACGUCCCGCUUCGACAUUCUCAAGCGACAAAGCAGUAAGGUUGAGGACACUAGAGCGAUGUGA